UUAAAAAUGAACUCAGACCCUGACCCGACUCAGUUACAAGUUGGUCCAUCCUUUAACCCAAUUCCUGAAGAAACUAAAGGAACGAAAUUUGGUCCAAAAAUGUCCAAAGAUGAAAUCACAGCAGCUAAAGGACGUUCAAGCACACUAAAAGCUUUCGAUUUUGUCCAGAGAAAGCUUGAAUACGAGAAUUUCAGGUUCAAGUACCCAACUCUGAUCGGCAUUGUUGUCGAAACUCUCCCUGCUGAUGUGCUAGACAACCAGAAAUAACAUCGGGACUUAUAACUUCAGGUUUCACGUCAGCCAGUCUUUGACCCUUGGAGAGAUCGGAGAGGUCUUAAAAUGCAAAAUGACUAAAUUUACCGACUCAAACGGUACUGGAGAUGAAGAAGGAGCAAAAAUUGGCCCAAAGGACAAAAUAGUCAUGUUUAACAACGGAAUCCUCCUCUUUGAAGGAGCCAUCAUCAAGGAUCUCUACUUUAAACAUAAAGAGCAAGAUGGGUGGCUUUAUAUUGAUAUUGCUGUCAUUUAAAAAUUUACAACC